ACUACCUCGUUUUUGUUACUCCGACAGAUUUAUAGUAUUGCGUUAACACAAGACUAAUAAGAGAAUUUCAGUACAACGAGAUGUCGGAUUUACCCCAGGACCAUCCAAUUUUAUUAAUAGAACCUUCUAGUGAACUACUUUUCGAUUUAGAGAAGGAGCCUUACACUGUUUUAUUAAAAUUAACCAACACACGGUUAUCUCCUGCUAAAUAUAAGAUAAUGGUAACGAGUCCGAAAAGUUAUACAGUAAAGCCUAAUGUUGGUUGUAUUCCUCCAGAACAAAAUGCAGAGAUAGCAAUUACAUACAUUAGAAACGUAGAUGAAGCAAUGGCAAGUAAAGACAAGUUUUUGGUAUUGAGUAUUGUGAGCGCUUCUGAAGAGCCUGCAGAGGAGAUUUUUAAAAAUGCACCGAAAAGUACAAUUUCGGAAGUAAAGUUGCAGUGUCAAUUCAAGAUUGAUGGAAGAAUCUAUCCUAGAGGAUCUUUCACACAAAAAACUUCGCAAAACGUAACAAAUUUGGAUGUUGAUGAUUCAGAAAAGGAAGCAGAUAUGGAUAAAUUAGCAAAUGAAAAUUUAAAUCUAAAAAAUAAAUACUUCGAGAUGUUAAAAAAAUUUAAAGAAUAUAAACACUUGCAAGGCGACGGGUCCGGAAGCUCUCAGCCGCGAUCGGGAAGAACUAUUAUACGGCCGUCGCUUCCUAAUGAAUUGUUUAUUGUUGUGUUUAUAUUGGGCUGGUUUAUUGGUCACUUUUUGGUAUAG